AUGACUUCUGAGAACCCUCUUCUUUUUUCACCAUACGACUGGGCUGACUCCGACUCCGACUCUGACUCUGACUCUGACUCUGACUCUGACUUUGACCCUGACUCUGGCUUUGACCCUGACGCUGAGGUCCCUUCUGACCCCGAGGAAAUAGCAGCUCUGCGCAACAAACUUCAAAUGAGAAAUCUAGGCAGCUACCAGGAACCUGAGGUCCUGGAGCUUCCUGCAUUGGAAGAUUUGGAAGAAGAAGAGGACGAAGAGGACGAAGAAGAUGAGGAGAAAAAAGAAGUUAUUACCUGGAAGGAAUUUGGUGAAGGACUGAAAAAUUCUGUGUUAUACAACGCAGCAAGAGCCUACCGCAGCUAUCAAGACUCCGAAUGGGUAGGCUUAUUUUGGUGUUUGUUCUGGUUUCGCGUAGUGGUUGUACCCCAGGUAAUUGCGCUGGUGAUGUGGGUCUGGUGGUUCUUCGAAUGGCUACGGGGCAGGUAA